AUGGCUUCCAUGCCUUCUGCUACUCGUCCUCAAGACGAUGGACCUUCCGCCGCCUCUACUGCGACGACGGACGAGCAGACUGUCAACCUACAGGUCCUCUCACCGUCCGUUGGUGUGAAUCGACCACUGCUUUUCCCCAACCUUGCUGCAAAUACUACGAUCAAACAGCUCAAGGACAAAAUUCGCCAGACUCUUCCCUUGCGGCCCGCCGACGACCAUCAACGACUGAUACAUAGGGGACACGCACUCGUCCGCGAGGCGGAUACACUAGUCGAUAUCUUUGGCGCUGAUGCGGUUCGCACUUCCGAACAGCAAACGAUUCACCUUGUCCUUCGCGACAUAACCGAUGGCCCAUCUUCAACCCCCAACGCGACCUCUGCGCCACCGUCCCUCGCUGCUCCUGCUCCUGCAUCUACGCCUGCGCAAGGUCCGAGUCCAACCGCAUCCGCACCACCAACGCAUCCUCCACGCCCUCAGCCUCAGCAAGCCCCCGGCCAAGCUUUUGGAUACCAGAUGCCGCCAGGGUGGCGGAAUACGAUGCCGCCAACUUCAGGCCCGUUUCCUCAACCACGCAUGCCAUCCCCUUCGCCUUCGCACACUCCCGAGCAAGCGGCGGCUUUUCAACACCAACAUCAGAACAUGACACAGUGGUUGAACAGUAUCCAACGAGAGGCCAUGGCUAGAGCUCUGAAUCAGAACCAACGAACGAGAGCUCAAAUGGGAAUGCGCGGCGUUGGCGACCCCAAUAACCCUGGAAACACUGGUGGCAACAAUAGUGGCCGAGCAAGCCCAGCUCCAGGCCAUACCGUUUACCGUGAGCAUGUUGGACCAAAUGGGAGCACCUAUCAAUUCGAGACUGUGAUUCGGACUAUGGUACCUGGACAACAGGGUAAUGGUGGUGCUAGCGGCUCAAUGUCUCCCGCUGAUGUACAGAAUCUUUUUCGAAACGCUGAUAUCAACCAAGCUACGUCGGCAAUGGCCAGCGCAAUGCAACGAAGCGCUUCGAGCACAUCUCUUCACAACCGACCUCAACAUGGACUGGCGGCGCCUAUGUGGCCCAUUUCCCAGCCCAUGACCGGCAGUGGCCGUGGAACCCCUGACUCGUUUCUUAAUCGACUCAGCACCACUGCAGCUCCCGGAAGUUUACAGACCAGGCAAGGACCUGAGGUGUAUAUUCUCUCGUCGCCCGAGGGACCCAGAGCUUUGCUUUUAAACAAUAGUAGCUCCGAAACAUAUAUCACCCCACGGUUGCGAACUCAGACGAGUCUACCUCACCUUCGACAAGCCGCUGCUCUUAGUAGUGCCGCUCUAGAUGCUCAGAGUCAACUGCGAGCGAGACACCACCACCACCACCAUCAUCACCCUCAUCAUCACCACCAUCACCAUCCCCGUUCCCAGAUCGCGCCGCAGCCGAUACCUCAGCCCCAGGCACAAGGACGUCCUCUGAACCUACAACCCCCUCAGCCUUUUCAGCAGCAAGCUCCGAACCUUGCGCCGCAGCAACAACCCGCAUACCCGGCCCAAGCCCAAGGCCAAAACCAGGCGCAAGAACCGGACCCUGCGGCGAUUAUGGCUCCUCUGAUGCAUCGGGGAAAUCCACCUAUGGCGGCGCUUCCACCUCUCCUUAUGCAGCUCUGGCCGCAAAUCUGGCUACUGUUCCGGCUGGUUCUGUUUGUUUGGUUCUUCACUUCCCCCAACGCAAGCUGGUCCAGGUGGUUCACCAUCAUUGUGAUUGCGGUGCUCAUCUUUUUGCUUAGCACUGGAAUAUUCAACGGCGUUCCAGAUCACGUUUGGCAGCCUUUGGGACGACACCUUGAGAAUCUGAUUCCCGCCGAGCCCAGACGUCGCCAAGCUAUCGCCGGAGAAGAGGAGCGGAAUCAGCAGCCUCGUCAAAACCCAGAUCCUACUGAAAUGGCACGGCGACUUGUAGCUCAGCACCAAGGUCCUGAGAGCUGGCUGCUAUCACAAGUCAGACGCGUGGAGAGAGCCGGUCUCUUGUUUCUGGCCAGUAUCGCACCGGGGGUUGCAGAAAGGCAUAUAGCCAAUCUGGAAGCAGCUGCACGAGCGGAGAGAGAGCGUCGAGAGGCCGAGGAGAGAGAGGCCGAAGCCGCGGCAGCUGCGGCAGCUCAAAAUGAAGAGAGCCAUGAGAACCAGGACCAAACUGAGAAUCUUGGUGAAGAGGCGACCACCAGCACUGGCACAGAGCACAAUGUGGAAGCACAGGCGGAGCAAGGAGUCCAGGAUGAUGACCAGCAAAACGAGCCAGCCAGGGAACAGCUUAUUGAAUUGUAG